GUUGGUGGGGUAUUCUAGUGUAGCACCUCAUAAACAUGACUGAAGUACGCUGCUACGUAAAACUAAACUUGUUAUGAAGUGACAACAAUACUUUAGUCUGUUCUUAUUAUGUUUUUUUUUUUUAAACAACUUUCAAAACAUUUUAAUUUAGCAAUAUUCCCAUCUGUUUUUUUUUUUUUUUUGUUUUGUUUUUUUUAAUUGUAUCCCCUUUGCUCCCCAAUUUGGAAUGCCCACUAUUCCCACUACUUAGUAUGUCCUAGUGGUGGCGCGAUUACUCGCCUCAAUCCGGGUGGUGGAGAACAAGUCUCAUUUGUCUCCGAUUCUGAGACCGUCAAGCCGCGCAUCUUAUCACGUGGCUCAUUGUGCAUGACACCGCGGAGACUCCGUAUGUGGAGGCUCAUGCUACUCACCGCGAUCCACGCACAACUUACCAUGCACCCCACUGAGAGCGAGAAACACUAAUCGCGACCACGAGGAGAUUACUCCAUGUGACUCUACCCUCCCUCGCAACGGGCCAGUUUGGUUGCUUAGUCCUGGCUGUAGUCACUCAGCACGCCCUAGAUUUGAACUUGCAACUCCAGGGGUGGUAGUCAGAUUCCCAUCUGUUUUGAAAAAUGUGUGUCAGACAAUUAUUUAUUUAUUUAUUUAUUUUUAAUCAAUUUGCUUGCUAAAACCCUCUCUUUUGUGUUUCAGGACAGAGUCUUUAUUUUGUGAUCUUGUUUUUUGGAUGUUUGUUUUUUGUUUCUUAUAUUUAUUGAUGUAGAGGCUUGAAAGUGGGAAGGAAUGGUAUGUGUAGGCAUAUUGAGAAAGCAUAGGAAGAGAUUGUUCUGAUGUGUGUGUGUGUGUGUGUGUGUGUGUGUGUGUGUGUGUGUGUGUGUGUGUGUGUGUGUGUGAUGUAGAGAAGGGGUGUAUUACUAUCUAUAGUUUAGAAGAGAACAGGGAUUAAAUGAGAAUGUACUAUCCACUUUGAGUGUGCUUAUAUGCUCAAAUGAACUGCCGCUGGUGAUUAUUGAUUUUCAGUAGUCUCUCUCACUGAGAAAAAAAAUGAAAAGAGCAAACAAUAUCACUCUUGUUCUUGUUUCAAAGAAAGCAACCAGGUUGACUCCCUUUGUUUGACCUCUGAGAACUAGUAUCUGCAGAAAUAAAACAUUUAAUAGUAACAGUACGGAAAAGAGAAAUGAAAUAGAAUAGAGACGGCAAUAAAAAUGGACUGAAAUUGUACGCAUACGUAGCAUCACUUAAACUAGAGUUGCACUGUCCUUUUGAUCAAUGUCUUGUGUUUAAACAUAGCAAUGUAUUUUUGGGGGACAAACGCCUUUGGGAUAUGAAUGUAUAAAAGUGGGAUGUAAACAUGAAAACGUGUGUUUAAUAACUCCGCAUCAAGAACAUUUUUGUCUUUAUUUUCUCUCAUAACCUUGUGCCUCUUGUUCAGUUUCAGUUAUCUUGCACCAAUUAUUUUAUCUCUGAAAGGUUUUCACUACUGAAAACUGUACCUUUCGUUCAACUUUUUAAAAUAGCCUAUAUUAACCUGUGGUUGAUAUCAAUGCAGCUUAUAUAAGCCCUCCUCAUUCAGCUCACUCCUAAAACAAGAGAAAAUAUUUAUUAUAUUGGCUACGUCUUCAAAGUAGUAUGUAGUGUUGUGUAAUGUCCGGGCUAGAUUAAUGGGAAUUGUAAUUACAGUGAUGUCAGAGUGCUUUAAAACAGCAAGGCAGCCUAUGAGGCGACAUGGUUAGAACAUUUUCUCCUCAGUAGCUUCUGGCAUCUAAUUAUGGUCUCAAACAGAAUGUGCCUAGACCACCUCUCUAUGACCGCCGUGACCUUUCUGCUCCUGUUUGCUGGAUUUGAUUUUACCAUUGCAGUGACAACCUUGCAGAGUUUUCGUGGAUGUGCAGUGCGUGAUUUCAAUUUUGUGGCGCAGAAGCCUGGCUGCAGGAGUCUGCUUAUAAACACAGAGGCAUGCUGGGGUCGCUGCCACACCUGGGAGAAGCUGGUUCUGGAGCCGCCGUAUAUCCAAAGGCACCACCGUGUCUGCACGUACAGCCGUACACGCCACAUGACAGCCCGUUUACCAGGUUGUCGCCCUGACGUAUCCCCGCUCUAUCAUUACCCUCAGGCCUUACAAUGUGACUGCACCUACUGCUCCUCAAAACACACAGAGUGCGAGACCUUUUGAGGACACACACACACACACACACACACACUCAGCUCAUUCACAUGGUCAUGCGCUCUCUCUCUCUGCCAAGAUUACUAAGAUUUGGCAGUUUAUGUAAGAUUUUCAGAAAUGUUUUUGACAAAAACUUUUCAUCAAUAAAAAU